AGAUCCUCCUUGUUCCAACUAGUUCACCUGUUAGCAGUUCAAGAAGCUGGUGAGGACCUAUGAGGGUUUGCCUGAUCACUGAUUUCUUUUACUUAUUUUACGUUGCGUUGGCGUGAACCAAAAGCAACCAAUUUGCUGAGUAGGUGCGGAAUCGCCACGUUGUUCAGACAUGUUUCUGCUUGCGAAACAACACCUGUUUUUAUGGUUAUUUGUCGUAUCGAGCUUACAGGUAUCGAGUUUACACUUCGCGGAGGCAACAUACAUAUGUACAGCAUACCUCAACGUGUCGUAUGCCAACCCCCAGAGCAACGACACUAUUUGGCGAUACGAGGAGAUCGGGCUUUAUGGACAAGAUUCACCGAAGACGUCUGUCGCGGGAGAUGUGUACUACCCUACACCAUUAUAUGGCUGCGAGGCCGAUGCUGUUUAUGAUGUUCCUAAUGGAUCCAAGGGCUGGAUAGCGCUUAUACAGCGCGGGGAUGGAUGCACGUUUUCGGAGAAGAUCAAUGUAGCGGCUAGCAAAGGAGCGAUUGCUGCUGUUAUUUUUAAUAAUGAUGGCAGCGACAACAGGGUCAUUCAAAUGUCCCACCCGGGUACGGGCGACACGGUGGCGGUGAUGAUCGGCAGCGGGCGCGGCAUGGAGAUGGUGAGCCUGCUGCAGAGGGGCAUCUCGGUCACCAUGGCGAUCGAGGUGGGCAGGCAGCAUGGCUACUGGAUGAGCCACUACUCGGUCUUCUUCGUCUCCAUCUCCUUCUUCGUGGUGACUGCGGCCACCGUGGGCUACUUCAUCUUCUACUCCGCACGACGCCUCAGCACCGUCCGACAGCAGAACCGCAAGCAGAAGCAGCUGAAGGCCGAGGCGAAGAAGGCAAUUGGUCAAUUGCAGGUCCGCACCGUCAAACAGGGAGAUAAGGAGACGGGGCCGGAUGAAGACACCUGUGCCGUGUGCAUCGAGUCCUACAAAGCCGGAGAUGUGCUCUCCAUCCUCACCUGCAACCACUUUUUCCACAAGCAGUGCAUCGAGCCGUGGUUGCUGGAGCACAGGACGUGUCCUAUGUGCAAAUGUGACAUCCUGAAGGCCCUGGGAGUGGAGCCUGACCUGGAGGAGGAGUCCCCUCAGCAGAUAGUGGUUCCCCCGGAGAUGUUCUCCUUCCCCAGCGUGCCGGAGGACACCCGCAGUGAAACAGCCUCGUCCGGAUACGCCUCCAUCCAGGGCACUGAGCAGCAGAGCCCCCAGGAGGAAGCCGCACACUCCAGCCCCGAGUCCGCACCUGACCUGGGAUCCGUGGAGGUGGACAUCCAGCCUCAUUACGACAACCUUGCCUUUGAGAGUGACGGCCACGGGAGAGAGCCCCGAACAUGAGUGCCGAAUCUACACACACGUUCUCACACAUGGACGCACUCACACACACGCACACAACACACACAAGGAAGACAAGGUAAAGUCUACUUUGAACACAGACGAACUGGAAACUGGAUUGAAAAUGCUGAGUCACAACAAAACUCAGGUUGGCCUGGAAGUCUACUACUAGCUAUGCAUAUCACUGGAAAUAUGCCCACACAAAUACACACACACACACGCAUACAACACAGGUUAACUUAGAGAGAGAGCGCGUGAUAGCGAGAGAGGGAGCGAGAGAGGUACCUAUGCAUAUUUCUCAUUAUUGUUUUUGAUAUGAAGAGUCUGCAGAGCAUCUCUGCUUCAAGGCCUGUCCAGGCUGGAAAUUUAGUACACUGUAAUUGUAUGUGAUGUAAGUAAUUUAAAAACAUAUAUAGAUUUGGAUAUUUGAUUGUCUGUCUGAAAUCACUGUGUAUUAAGAUAUGUGUUUUUAACAGCAGAGAAAAAAAUCGUCAUGCAGAUUUUGGAUUGUCUGCUUGUAUGUUUUAAUAAUACCAUAGUGGUCGAUCGCGAGAUCGUAGGCCACAAGCCAGAAAUUUAUAUUUGUCGCUUUUUGCUAGCUUUUCUUUUUAGGGUGCAUUGUUUGUUUUUUUGUGAGCAAGUAUUUGAGAGUGUGUUUGUGAUUGUGAGUGACAAAGGAGUGCAAGUGUGGAUGUUUCCAUUCGAUUGGAGUUUUAUUUGUUCUUUUCAUUUUAUGUUAAAAAAAAAAAAAAAAACGAAGCACAGCAUUCUGGAAGCCUUAGGACACAGCUGAGUUUCGCUAUUUUCUAUGUUUGUACAGUGUGCAUUCCAGAGAUUGUGUGUGUGUAUGUGUGAACAAGGCCUUAUCACGUUUCUGCUUUCCCCCAAAAAGGGCAUUGCUGAAUGUGCCCCUGUUGUGUAAACUUGUAUAGCGCCCUCUGCUGUCUGUCCUCUGUCACCUACACUGGCCUGUCAGCUACAAGCUACACCACUACAGUGAAUUGGAUGAAAAUGGGUAUCAUGCAAUAUCUCAAUCAACCUUGACGAACCUUUCAAUUUAUUGUUUUUUUUAAUGUUCUGAAAUAGGGAUUAGAGUGAUUUCUCUUUUCACAACCGUGUACCUAUGUCAAAAAUGUUUCACCUAUUGCUUAUGUGAAUUUAAAACCCUACUCUUUUACAGGGGUAGAUGUUAGUUCUGCUGAUUUUUAUUAUGUAAUGCUAUACAAUUUCAGAAACGUCUCUAAAAGUAUUUUCCUGAAAAUAUAUACUUUUUUCCCUUUGCAAUACUCACCUGGACUUACUGUUUGUAAGGACGGGUUUUUCCUGUGUACACUGGCUGUGCAGAUACUGUGCCUUACAGAGAAAUCUAGAAAUUAUUUCCUUUUAUCCAAUGACCGAUGUGUUUCCACCCUCAUUCGAUGAAGUUAGUCGUUUCUGCAUGCACUUUAAAAGAAUGAUUUUACUUCUUUGGCCUUUUUUUGUUGUUUUGCUUGAAGGUUCCAGUUCUUCGUAAUGAAGAGUUCUUAAAAUGCUUUUUGAUUAAUGUUAAGGGACAAAAGGAAUUCUCUCUUUUACAUUGUUAACUUGGGGUUAUGUUGGGUCUUUGGUAACUUCUAUAUAUUAUUGAGAAAAGAAAUUAAUAAAUUCUUGUUUUAUGAAAA